AUGACGUCCAUGGUGGCAAAGAUGGUGGGAAAAAAGAUCCUGGGGGAGACGCUGCAGAAUAAGUUCGGCACGGAGGAUCCGUAUUUCGAACAAGUUCCCGCGACCAGACUCAACGGAAAGCCGAGCACGACAAAGUUCAAAAAAGUUAGAAAGGCCUUGCCGCCAGGGCUCUCUGAGCAUGAUGGCAAGGUCCUCACAAAAGUCAAGCGUCGUGCGUACCGCUUAGACUGUGCUCUAUUUACAUUUUUGGGCAUCAAGUUUGGCUGGGGUAGUGCCAUUGGCUUGAUUCCAUUUGCUGGUGAUGUGGCGGAUUGCCUUUUGGCGCUCAUGGUCAUGCGCACAGCUGACCACAUCGAGGGUGGUCUGCCAUUCUUCUUGAAAUUUCAAAUGAUCCUCAACAUUGCUUUUGACUUUGCCAUUGGUCUGGUGCCGUUUGUCGGUGACUUGGUCGAUGCCAUGUUCAAGGCGAAUACGCGCAACGCUGUACUGCUUGAGGCAUAUCUCCGUGAGCAGGGGCAAAAGAAUCUCAAAAAGGGCAACCUGCCCAUUCCCGCUGUCGAUCCGAGCGAUCCCAACGAGUUUGACCGCAACCGUGUGGAAGACCGACAAGACCGGCACGACCGCCGCGACGAGCCGCCUGCGUAUCGUACACAAGGCGCGACCACUUCUCAGGAAGCUGGUGUCACUGGACCUUCGCGUGCUGGCACCGCACCUGUGACUGCGCCGCAGGAGGCUCGUGUUCGUGAGAGCCGAGGCUGGCUGGGACGCAGCAAGAAGCGACCAGACGAUGUUGAAGUUGGCAACUCAAAGAGCAGCAAGCACAACCGUCGGGGAUAA